CUGCGCACAUCUGGAAGCUGCGUUAUGUUUACUCAUGAGAAAGAGCACCAUGGGACAGUUGCUUUUUGGUUAAGAAGUUAGUUUAAAAUCCUGAAAAAAGUUUUUUUUCUUCUUAUAAAUUAAAAUCAAUUUUCGACUUUUAGCCGCGUUUGGAGAAAGUAUGGCUUUCCAUCUGCUUCUUUUUUUGGGAUACUUUGCAGCUGCGCAAGCUGGCGUUGUUCUCAAUUGUACCAACGACUAUGAUAAUAUAUCGUGCCAGCUGUCAGCGAAACGGUGUUUGGAAUACGCGGUGGACAUCCGCAAUGACCAACGCUACGGUGAAUACAACUGCUCCUUGAAGCGGUGUAACAGUGAGUUGUGUUGCUGCUCUGUGAAAAUCACUUUUGUCCCUGGGGAAAAUUACACUGUAGAAACCUUCAACGGAAGCCAAAAAGUGGACACAAAAACGUUCAACCUCUGGGAAAGCUUAAAGCCCAAAACUCCUACAAUUGUCUCAGUGAAAGAAUAUGAAGGGAUCUUUACUGUCAACUGGAGGACAAACAUGGGGGCAGAUUUUUUUGACCCACUGACCGCUGAAGUGACUGUUUCCAAAAAAGGAGAGCAAGGGAAGGUUUAUGGAAACAUCAGACCAGCUACAGUUGAGGGACUGCAGAGUUUUGACAUAAAUGGUCAAGAUUUGGAGCCAGGUACGGGGUACGUGGUCAGCGUGAGGAGCUACACGGACAGGAGUCAGAUGUUCAGCGACAGAAGCCAAGAGUGUGAAUUCAAAACCUCCCCUUCCAAAUUCUUGUGGAUUCUGAGAGUCAUCAUUGCCAUUGGUAUUGGAAUCAUCUUGUUGGUCUCUGUUUACUGCUGCGUAGUAAGGGUCAAAAGGAAGUGGUGGGACAGUUAUUCAGAACCGAAAAAACUUUUUGUGUUCACCAGGACGCCAGAGAUUUUAUGCCCCAGCCAGAUCGCAACUUCCCUUGCCCAGGUUAAGGAACUCCUUCCAAGUGACGACAACCAAACGCUGAAGAUGCUAGAUGAACAGAGAGCAGACGCCAGUGGGAGUCAGAACAGCAGUGGAAUCGAUACAGGCUCAUCAGAUCAUGGUGAUGGUCAGACAGAACCUCCUGACCAUAAGGCUAUAAUUAAUACUGCUCUCUGUGAAGCCUUAAAGGACUGCAUCCCAAAACACCUCCUCUUGCCUGACCCACAACACAAGCUUCUUCCUGUUCACCAGUAUCAAAAUUGUCCGAGUUUCAAAAUGAGUUCUGCAUCAUCUGGCAUAGUCAAUCCUAGCUAUUUUAUGUCUGGUCCUAGCUCCCAGAACACGACUAUGGAGCAGAAAUCGGCAAUCAAACUGCAAGACGAUUUAAGCCUUUCAUGCAAAAGUGACACUGUGAACUGUCUUGACGAACAAGUACCUGCUUGUCUGUUGUCGGCACAGGAAAUUGUUUCAAAGGCGACGCGAGUAGACAUGUCUUAUCAGCCAUGCAAAGUAAAUAUCAAAGGAUCCUCUUAUGCAGAAACGGCCAGUUUGUCUUCCACCUCCAGUGACAACAUCACAUCCGCCUCCUGUGGGCUUGAGUCCAAAUUUGGGGCCGGCUUUGACAGAUCUGAGGAACCGUCUGCCGACUCAGUAAAGGCGAUGCUCACACUCUCAAGCUGUGCGCCUUCAGGGUCAGACCGCCGUGCUGUAAUUAUAGACGACUACAAUCCAUGUCCAAGCAAAGUGGUGGAGCCAGAUGUUCCGAUUUCAGAAAAGCAAAGCAGGGAUCAUCAUCAACGUUUGAAUGUGAAUCAAGACGAGGGCGUCAACAAGAUCCCUCAGCACUGCCGGAUUCCAGGUUUCAAUAAUUGGACCGGUCAAUGUCCUUCUGUGAUGCAGAUACCCUCUUUUCCCACAAUGGCUACUGAGAUGUCUUUCCCAGUGGUGAUUGAUAAUGACUAUAAAUGUGUGUAGUUCACUAACUCUGCUUUAAGAGUUUAUACUUGAGGAUGUGGAAGCUGCAGCAAAGCCGCCCCCCUUUAAGAACCAGUUUUUGUAGCACAGCUAGCUGUUGGCUCUGAUCCAUGUCAUUUUUUUAAGAGCAGCAGAAAUUGGCCAAGGUGUUUACAGCAUAACUUAUGUUUUUAUAUCUUUUCUUAACCCGCCUGUUCCUGCUAAAGUAUAAUCAGGGAUUUCAUGUCCUUUUUACAUGAAUGGUACUCAGAGGAGAUAUAAAAAUAAUAUUUACUAAAGAGUAUUGAAAAUUUUUUAAAUAUUUUGUUCUGUAUUUUCUAGUCUGAGAGUUUUUUUUUCUUUUUAAAGUGCCUUUAUUUUCACAGUAUUGAAUUGUUCUUGGGUCUUUGGUGGUGUAAAAUAUUGAAAUCCCAAGCUUUCUGUAAAUAUUUAUUUAUAAAUACUUGAAUAAAGCAGAGUAAGGUAAUGUGUUUCUGUCAAA